GUGAAGGCGCGCGGGUGUAUUUGUGCAGCCGCACGCGCACUUUUACUUGAGAGAGAGAGAGAGAGAGAGAGCAGUGCUGACCGCUUGUGUUUCUCUUCUUCUGCAUGUUCAGCAGCUGAACGUCUUCUUCGUCGGUUAUAUCGGAUUUUCUCGUUUUCCUUUGGAAUGAGUUUUUGGAAACGCAAAAAGAAUGACAGCAGAGGGAAUGAAGUUGAAAAGGAUGACGGACCGUUCUAUCUGACCACCACCCCAGAGUCAUCAAUCAUAGUGACGAAUGGACUGGAUCCUGUCAUUCCACACUUUAGUUUGAAGCUACCAGACAAUAAAUAUGACCUCAAAAACACUGGAACAUCUACAUCCUCAGAAAGAUCUGAUCUGUCAGUGGCUCUGGAGGACUGCAUGGCAGCACUGGAUUUAUUCCUGCAUAAUGAAUUUGACAAGGCGCUGUCUAGACUCAAGAGCAGAAAUAAGGAGAGUAUGUAUCACGCGCUCACAUAUGCCACCAUUCUGGAAAUGCAGGCGAUGAUGACCUUUGACCCUGAGGACAUCUUGUCAGCAGGAAACACCAUGAAAGAUGCUCAGGCUGUUUGUCAGCGGUAUCGUAAGAAGUCCUCCUUCAACAGCAAAACCUUUACAGAAGAGGAGCUGCAUGCUGAAGUGUGUUAUGCUGAGUGUCUCCUCCAGAGGGCAGCACUGACCUUCUUACAGGACGAAAAUAUGAUCAGCUUUAUCAAAGGGGGAAUUAAAGUGAGGAACAGCUAUCAAAUAUACAAAGAGCUUCAUACAGUCCUGAAAUCCUCUGAGUAUGUUCAUGGGCAAAGUCAUGGGCACUUUGAGGGAGGAGUAAAACUUGGAGUCGGAGCGUUUAAUCUGAUGCUUUCCUUGUUGCCCACGAGGACUCUGAGGAUGCUGGAGUUUGUGGGUUUCUCUGGUAAUAAGGAGUUUGGACUGCAGCAGCUCCAGGAGGGUUCUGCUGAGCGCACGUUUCGGUCUUUCCUGUGUAACAUGCUGCUGCUUUGCUAUCACACCUUCAUGAGCUUCAUACUGGGGACUGGAGAAGGAGAUGUCGAGGAUGCAGAGAAACUGCUGCAGCCGUACCUUAAACAGUAUCCUAAGGGAUCUAUCUUCUUGUUCUUCGCUGGCCGAAUAGAAGAAAUCAAAGGCAAUCUAGAUGCUGCUAUUAAACACUUUGAGGAUUGCUGUGAGGCCCAGCAGGACUGGAAGCAGUUUCAUCACAUGUGCUACUGGGAGCUAAUGUGGUGUUUCACCUAUAAGCGACACUGGAAGAUGGCCUACUUCUAUGCAGACCUGCUCAGCAAAGAGAAUGCGUGGUCUAAGGCCAUGUAUGCAUAUAUGAAAGCUGCCUACCUCAGCAUGCUGAGUACAGAGGAACGUCAGCCAUUUGGGGCGAACGAUGUGGCAUUAUUCAGGCAAGUACCUGCGCUAAAGCAGAAAAUAGCUGGAAAGUCUCUACCCACUGAGAAGUUUGCCAUCCGCAAGGCUCGCCGCUAUAAUGUAGACAACCCCAUCCCUCUGCCUGUACCUCCACUGGAAAUGAUGUAUAUCUGGAAUGGUUACACAGUGAUCGGGAAGCACAAGGACUUGACAGAGGGCAUGUUAAAGACACUGGAUGAAGCUCAGCAGAACCUUGAACAGAAUCCAAAGACAGAGUUCUCCAUCGAUGACCAGUGUGUGCUGAGUCUGUUGAAGGGUCUGUGUCUCAAGCACCUAGGCUGUACAGAAGAAGCUGAGCACUACUUCACUCUCGUCCUCUGCAAUGAGACACAGAUCAAGUUUGACCACUACCUUGUCCCGAAUGCUUUGUUGGAACAUGGCCUGCUGUGUCUGGAGCAGGGCAGGAGAGAGGAAGCCAUCAAACUGCUGGAGAUGGCCAAGCAGAACUAUAAAAACUACUCGAUGGAAUCACGGACUCAUUUCCGGAUCCAGGCAGCGCUGCACAAAGCACAAGCCAUAGAAGAAAACGGGGAACCCUGCUCGCCCUCAAGCCCUUAACAACCCCCGUAACAACAGAGUCAAAGAGGUCACAGGGUCAACAUAUGCCAUGCUGAGGGCUAAGGAGAAAGGUGGAGGCUGCACAAGUGCAGAAAUACAAAGAAUAGGCAAGCAGGACUGAACAUCUGAUGAGAGAAACCUAAAUCUCUUUCACUCACACACAUGCAUUAAUAGUUACACACGAAACACAUUUCUAUAUAUCAGAGACAAUCAUACAGCACAUGGAAUUCCAGAUGCAUGCAGUGUGAAGAUACAGUUCAGCUCUGAAUAAGAGGCAAAACAUCGUGCUGAUACAGAAACACUUGUGCCCAAGGCUUAGAGUAAUUUUUGAAACACACACAACCCAAGGAUGUUUCUAACUCAUUUGAGCAGCUUUUUGAUUUUACAUUACUUAUGCUCUCUGAGGUACUGAGUCUCUACACCGCGGCCAGCUUGUGACCUCAACAAACAGGCCAUGCAUUUUGGCCAAUUAUUAUUUAUUUUGAAAUAAGCCUUCACCUUUUUGCGUGGUAUUAUACCAUUCAGGGGAUAUGGCCACUUUAAUAGGAACACAUGUACACCUACUAAUUCACGGAUAUAUUCCAUUAGCCAAUCACGUGACAGCUGUGCAAACGCAAAGCACAAAAAAAGAUUAAUCAUGCAAACACAGGUUUAGCGCCCCUGCUGGCUGGCUGCAGUAUAAUGUGUAACACUACCCAUCCCCAUGUGUUUCAAUAACAAAAUAACCUAUUUACCAUGUCACUUUUCUCGUCUUAACUCUCUUUCUAUUUACAGUGUUUAAUUUGGUAAGUUAGUUUUCCCUAUGCUGAUCUCUGCAGAUUUUUUAUUUUCCUCCAGAAAUUUGUUUUUUAAACGUUAUUCUACUAUAUCAUAAGAAGGUGUGGCUACAGUUGAGUAUGAAGUGAUUGAGAGCCUUGGAGACAUGCUGGACCUUGGUAUUGGGAGAAGGGGGUGGGCCUACCAAAUGAGUAGGUGUAGUGUAUUAUUAUUAUUGAGUAGGUGAAUGGCUGACUGGUAACUGCACGAAUGAGCUGGUGUACAGGGGUUCCUCAUAAAGUGGUUUGUGAAUGUAUAGCUAAGCUGUUUUCUUUUGUUUUUCUAUAUGUGUAUUACACACACAUAACAGGAGAGAGAAAAUGGUCAUCUGGAUCAAAAUAGACAGAGCUCAAAAACUUAUAUUAUGUAUAUAUAAACUCACAAAUAAAUAUUUAUCAGUAAAAUGACUUGAUUUGUUCACACCCAAAACCUCAACUCAUUCACCAAUAAACACACAACAUUAGAAAUUAUGAAAUGCAUUGUUUACAGUAGGAAUAUGAAAUGACGUAUUAUUUAUCAGUGUCUUACAGCAACUCGGUCAGUUAAAUGUUUUAACUACUUACAAGCUACUUGAUUUAAAUUGUAUCAGUGCUACAACGUCAGUACUCAAAACUGUAAUUAAACUAGUAAGCUUCAUCAUUUUUAGCAGAGCUGCUAAAAUAAUUUUUUUUAUUUUAAUUUUUUUUUUACCUUGAAUUAACCUUGAAUUUUCCUGUUGUCAGAUUACUUAAGUAGAUGUAAAUGUGUUGAUCAAAUAAUUGGUAAAAUCUUUUUUUUGUGUGAUUCUCUAAUUUUUCCUUUAUAUCAUUAUUUGCUUAUUGGACUAAUAAGCAAAUAAUGAUAUAUUCUGGCACUUUAGCAUUUAUUUUAGUCCAUUUUGAUUCAAACUUCUGUUUCUUUUUUUGUGUGUUUUCCCCAGGAGGAACAUGUUCAUAACAAUCACUUUAUUGUUAAAAUAUCUCACUAGUCUAAAAACACAGUAAGUGGAAUAACCGCCUUAUAUGUGUUCUCAUUAUCCAUCACAAGUUACAAACUUGGUAAAUACAAUAUUGGGAAAAUAUAACAUUCUUUUGCUCUUUCAUGUUAUUUAUUUCUGGUAUUAGUUGUCUGUGAUAUUGGUUUUGUGAAAUUGUCCCAGUUUAAGUGGACAGCUGAAUUUGUCUUUUAGAAAGGCAGUCUCCUUCACUCCUUUAUCUUAAACAAGGCGUAAACAAACGCCAAAAGUCUUUCAUAUUGGAGGACGGCAGACAGGGCUUUCUGCUCCAGCCAUGGCGAGGGAUACGUUGAAAACCACUAUAGCCUUAUACUAAAAGCAAAGCAAUUAAAAAACAUUGAAUUAGGAUUUUGUUAGGUUAAUGAAUGUCAUUAUAUGUCCAAGAGCCUUGAUCCUGUCAAAUGAACACCAUGGCAGUGCAGUCUGUAUAAAUGUCUUUUGAUAAGAAAAAACUGAUAUCAUUAAAAUGAAAUCUCAGAGAAGGGUCUAUUUUAGAGUUUGUGUUCACAUUAGUUGCAUUACAGAUUAAAUUAUACUUUCUCAGGUUAAAUUAUACUUUAUCAUUUUCUUCAAAUGAUCUCCAAGGGCAAUGCAAGUUUUUUUUUUUCUUCUGGCUAUUCAUACACAGUCGAAGCCAGGCCAAACUAAACAUGAGGUCUUACCAUUGUAGUAGAUCUACAGUGUUUCUGUUAAUAUUUAGACUAUUUGAACUAAUUUGCCUCUCAGUUGCUGUAUUUAUUAUGAGUGUCGCAAUUAAGAUGAAAUACUUAAUUUUUUAUAUGAAGGACUUCAGUGGCUGUACAGUAAAAAAAUACUGAACUUCAUAUUUCCUCAAAGGUGGUGGAAAAACAAAUUUGAUUAAAAUGUGAUUACAUUUACAGUGA